AUGUCCUUCAACGACGAGGUUCCCUCUCCUGAGGAACUUGCUGAAGAUUAUAGAUCGUCCCUCGAGGACCUGUCUGUCAAUUCGAGAUGGGAGAUUACGAAUCUCACCGUCAUCGCCAAAGAGAACAUACAUGCUGCCCAAGCCAUAUCUAAAGUGAUCGAAGAGCAUAUUCAAAAGAUUUCUCCAUUGCGCAAGCUACCCGCAUUAUAUCUCUUAGACUCGAUUGCCAAGAACGUGGGGACACCUUAUACAUUGUUCUUUGGGCGGAAUUUGUACAGGACAUUCAUGGAUGCGUACAGUCUCGUGGAAGGUCCAGUCCGUCGAAAGCUUGAAGAAAUGCUUCAGACAUGGAAGCAGCCCGUUCCCGGCUCGACGUCUUCUAACCCACUGUUCCCUGCGGAGACGACAAGGAAAAUAGACAAUGCAUUGAUCAAAGCAAGAACAGCUGCAGUCCAGCGGCAGCAGGAACAGAUGAAGCAAGAUAAUGCUAGGUUGGGAAUAGGGCAACAGCCUAGUCAGGCUGCCGCAAACCCGGGCCCAUAUCGCUCUACCCCGACGCCGCCCACAAAUGGACACGGCCACACGGGCCCAUACAACCCCCCGCCAUCUCAGAGUUUCGAUGGGAGGGCGGAACAGCCUGGCAACAAGGUUAUACCUCAGCCCGCCACUACUCAAGAUACGCCCUCACUCCAGGGGGCACAGCAUUCUAAAUACCAACAGUUGGCUGUGCAAUUAGGCCUUGCUGCACCGAAUUUGCUAGCAAAUAUUCCAACAACAGAUGCUCUGUUGAAUGAUAUCCGGCCCUUGAUCGCAACUACCCAGGCAAGGUUUGCUGAGAAUCCAUGGGAUACCGAGAUUCAAAAAAGGCUCAAAGCAUUGCUAGAUCUACAAACAAUUUUAAGCACCCAGCAGUUACCGACGGACCAACUCUCCCAGAUUAGAGAUCAACUUUCCAGAAUCGCAAUCUCGGUGCAUGUGCCUGCCCCACCACAACCACAGGCGCACCAGCUACCAGCUCUCCAAACAGCACCGCCUCCACAACUAAAUGCAAGUCAAGGCCCUAACUUGGCGAGUCUUUUGAGCCAAUAUUCCAAUACUCAACCCCCUGCAGUAAACAAUGCUAGGAGCCAAACCCCGCUGGGUGCCCCAGCAUCUGCCCCUUCAGGAUCAAAGAGCCUAUUCGAGUCUUUGAUAUCCGCAGGUUUGCUAAAGACUGGCUCGACCCCCCCAUCAUCUUCGGGGACGAAACCAAGUACACCUCUUAACCAGGGCUAUUACCAAUCCGGAUUGACAAAGGCGCCUACUCCGAGUGCGGUUUCCACAACGACAGGGUUCGCAGUACAUUGGGAAACGCUGGGUAUAGAACUUAACACCGCCGCGCUCAAGAUACCUCGAUUACAUUUCGUCUCAAUCCUGAACGAUAGUCUCCCGAAUAAGUGUGGAUCAUGCGCCCGACGCUUUACAAACAACGAGCAGGGAAAGAAGGACAAAGCUGCCCACUUGGAUUGGCAUUUCCGCGUCCACCAACGAAUAGCUGACAGUUCAAAGCAUGCACAGUUUAGAAGUUGGUACGUUGGUGAAGAGGAAUGGAUCAAAUUCCGGGAAGACGAGGAUGACUCCAAUACAAUGACAUCUGGACAGCCCCAGCAAGGUGCAGAUGUUGAUACAUCAACUCAGGAAGCUAGCAGCCAGAAUUACAUCCCCGCUCCCAACGACGCAGCGCUUUCCAACCUAACUUGCCCGGUCUGUAAAGAGAAGUUUAACACUGUAUGGCAUCCCGAUGCGGAGGACUGGGUACUUAUGGAUGCGAUACAAUCCGGGAGCCGCAUAUAUCAUGCCAGCUGUUUUGCAGAAAUCUCCAAAGAGAGUGCUGGAACAGCCAGCCGGGGUUCAACACCCGAUACCUCAAUUAGCAAGGGAAAACGAAAAGCGGACCAGGAUCUGGCUUCGAUAAUUAGCAAAAUCAAGAAAGAAAAGUAA